CCUGAAAAUACUAUCUACAUACAGAGUCUCUAACCGAUUUGUUUUAAAGGAUAUUACCGGUUUAGUCUUCUAGCAAAUUUGUUAGCACCCCAAAGAAAAUGGUAUUCGUACAGGUAGAACAAGCUUUUGCUAACUCAUUAAAUAAAUUGUAUGAACAAGAUGAAGGAAAAAAUCAAAAUGAAUCUCAACAAAUAUUCCCCUUAAAAUGUGACAAUAAAACAAGAACUCUGUCAAUCAUACAUAACGAUGAGAUAACCAAUCUGGAUUGUUUCUUUUAUUUAUGGAAUCUUUUCAAUGUAACACCAGUCGAUUCUGAUAUUAUCUCUGUUGGACCUGUUGUAAUGGAUAGAUGCUGCUUAUUUCAAUAUUUUAGUCAGGAGAAAUGUUGUUAUGUUUGGUUUACGAAACAUCCACCUUAUAUUGACAAUAGAAAUAUCAGCUCGUUGAUACUACUCUUAGAAACAUUCAUUGGGCACAUCUUUCAAUCAAAUCUAGAAGUUCAUUAUAUGGAAUCAUUAUCCUGUCUCAUUCUUUUGUCAUGGUGGAAUAUCGCUUUCGGGCAUUUGGAAUCUUAUCAAAUCAUAGCUUAUGAAUUAUAUAAUGUAUGGAUUCGUUUGAUUCCUCAAAUUGUUGAAAAAGCAUCAUUGAUUAUUGAUCAAUUCUCUAGUUAUCCUGAACAUUUAAACUUAUUUAUCAUAAAUCUUUUACGUAUCUACGUGGAUCAUAAUUUCCAAAAGGAAAAUGUAUGGAAGCUUUCUAAAGAUACCGCUUCUCAAAUGACUGGUAUUCAUUCAUCUGUAAAUAUGCAUGGUUUAAUUGGAAUUUAUCGUAAAUCUAUUGAACAGUUGAAUAUUAAUAAUACAAAAAGUCUUUCAACUAUAAAUACGCUAAGUCAAACUGUUUCUAUCAAUACUACCUGCUUAGCCAUUGUGGAGAUUUUAAAGAGACUUGUACGCUUAGGUUUAGCUGACUGUUUGAAACAAAAUCCUGAUUUACCUAUUAUUUCAUUUGCUGACAAACAAAUUAUCGAACGUUUCAAUAUGGUUCGAGAUUAUUUACUUGUUCGAGCUUCUCGUUUAUUAGCUUAUGAGUUAGAGUCUAAUGUGAAUUGUAACUAUUUACCAAAACAAUUCACAUGUUUGGUACAUGUCACUGCACCGAAACAUUUAAUUUCUGAAUUGUUAAAUAUUUCACUAUGUAAAUCGGAAAAAAUUUCUCAAAGUAAAAAUCCUCAUAUUGAUUUAAUUUCUUGGACAUUGGAACAAAAGCUGAAUGUUACUGACUAUGCAUUCUGGUGUGUUACGUCCAUUGAUGUUAAGGAUAUUGAAGCUAUAAAUUACUUAUUGUCUCGUUUACUUCCGCAUGCUAAAGUCUUAGCCAAAGAUCAUCUAUUCUGUUAUUCACUUAUACUGCAUCUUGAUCGUGUUCGUAAAGCUGCACUACCAGAUAAUGAACAUAUUAAGCUUCUUCGUGCUGUAUUUGAACAUCUGUCAAUAUCAAGUAAAUGUGAUCUAUUAACAACACUUCAAUCAUCAUUGAAAAAUUCUAAUCGAUCAACUCCAUUGCCUAAUUCAACUGUACACUUUCGAACACGUAUUCGUCAAUUAUUCAAUCGUUUGGUUGUUUCUAAUGUAAAUUCUGGUGAUGAUAAUUAUGACAAUAAUCAACAAGUGUUAAAUCUUUUCAAUAAAGAUUUUCUUCUAGAUUGUGAAUUGUUGUUAUUCACUAAUCCAGUGAGAUUUUUAGUCGAAUUAAUUCGUCUACCAGUCAAUCGUAAAUGUCCCCAUUCACUGAUUGCAGUUCAUCAACUUCUUGAUCAAUUAUUGUAUGUAUUUCAAGUUCCGAUUAAUUUUUCUACCGGAACAAAAUUUCUACCUGAAAAGAACAAUGAUAAAUUUACGACGAACUUGUCUGAACAACAAAUUGUGCAUAGUACAAUUUUUCAAGAAUUAAUUUUAAUCGAUUGGUCAAAUCGUAAAUCAUAUUUAGACAUUUCAAUAUUUGGUCAUGAAGAUCUUUAUGAUGAAUUAAAUAAUGGAAAUUUAUUUAAUGUAAAUUUCCAAUAUGAAGAGGAAAAGAAUAGAAGCAACUUAUUAAACAAUAAUAAACUAUACCAAUUUAAUAUGUCUGAAGAAGUAUGGUCAAGUUCUAAAUUAGCAGAAAACCCUCUAUUGAAUACUAUCGUUUAUCUAUUUAAAAAGCCAAAUUGUUUCAUUCAAAUAAACAACAUUAUGAAAUAUUUCUUAACGCUUGUCGAAAACAAUGUCAUGAAUAAAUCAUCAUCUCAUAUUGAUCAUUUAACGUCUACAACUCAUACUACUAUCAAUACUACUACUACUACUAAUAUAAUUGAUAAACAGCAUACUUCUAUUCAACAUAUACAUAUUCGAUUAUUUAUUCAUAUAUUAUUUUUACUUACGAAAGAUACAUCUAUUAUUCAACUUUUAAAUAAAAUUAAUUUAAAUGAAUUAAUGGAACAAAUUAUUCAAUUGUUCAAUAUUCUAUUUUUAAAUCAAGUGAACAUUAAUAAUAAUAAUGAUAAUAAUAAUAAUAAUAAUAAUACAAUUUGUCACUAUCUUAUUUCAAAUGAAAUGGACGUUAUACUAUUUGAAUUAAUUCAUUAUUGUUGUUUUUAUCAAGAUAAUAAACAAUUAAAACAAUUAGAACAAUUAAAACAAAUUAAAAAUAAUCUUUUACUAAUUUAUAAAUUAAAACAAACGAUUCAAAAUUCAGUGAAUAUAUAUAAUUGGUAUAAACAAAGAUGUUUAUAUUUGUUUAAUAUUAUAUUUAUUUCAUCAAUUGAAUCAUUAAAAACUAAUCUCAUGCUUAACCCUCCUCCUCUUUUAUCUGGACUGGAGACUGACAGUAAUUCCAGAGGAUCUCCAAGUGAAGUUAUUAAUCAAUUAGAUAAUAUUAAUAAAGAAGAUAAUAAUGAUAAUAUUAAUGAAUAUUUGAAAGAGAUUCAACAAUUGAAAGAUAAAAUUUUAGAUUUAUCCAUUGAAAUAAAUGAAAUGCAAAUGAAUUCAUUGAAAUAUUUAAUGGAUAUUGAUUUGUUUUGUGAAAAUACUCGCAUACAAUUCAAAGCUAUUUCCGUUGUUCCAUCAUCAACAGAACAAAUAGAAGAUUUCGAUUCACUGUUAUCUUCAAAUACGGUGGUUAGAGAAAAUCAUAUAAAAAGUCAAAUGGUGAUAUCACCACGUUUACUAUAUUUCAUUUUUGAGCUAGCCACUGUUUCUAAUACAUUAUGUAGUGAAGUAUUGAAGUCAAUCAUAAAUAAGUCAUUGAAAUCUAAUGGUCAGUUACUGGAUCACGUAUCAAAAAUUAGUUCUGGUCAUUUGUUAAUUGCUAUUCAAUUGUUUCUUAGGAAAAUUGUCAAAUCAAGACAGUGGAAAUGUUGGGAACGAUUAUACUUUCUAUUGUAUAAAUUACUCAAAGCUGGUGUAUUAGUUUAUCCUGUACCGAACUUAAUUAGUGACAGUCAAGAGACAAAUGAUAAUACGCCUUCAAGAUUAUUCUACUUAUUGGAUUGGAGUAAACUUUGUGGUUCAUUCGAUCUCUUAACAUUAACAUCAGAUCUAUUCAAUUUAUGGUGUAUGUCAUUGGAAAUCCCAUAUAGUCAAUUAUUAGAUCCUUUUCAAUCCACCAAUCAUCUCUCUCAUGAUACCAGCGACAAACUAUAUAAUCGAAAUACUGAAUUUUACAUCCUUUGCCAUUCAUUAUGUGAUUUAGUCUCGUGUUUAUCCUCAGUCAUUUCUUUAUAUUCAAAUAAAAACACUAACCAGAUUUGUAAUAAUGAUAACAAUAACAAUAAUGACUGUGAUACUGUAAAUAGUGAUGAUGAUAUUAUCUCUUCAUUAAAAACUAAUCAAUCUAUACAAUAUAAUAAACAAUUAACUAUCAAUUUACUUGAUCAAUUAUCAAAUCGUUUGUCGAAUAGUCUGAUCUCUAACUUAUUAAUCAAAUCAAAUUCACAAUUGAAUGUUUCAAAUGAAUUGAAUCGACUGAAACAGACAAUUUUAUUGGUAAAAGAUUUAAACAGAACUUAAUAAUGAAUUGAUGGAAAGAAAGAACGUUGACUUAUGUACAAUAUUUACUUUCUUCCUAAUAAAAAAUAAUAAAAUUUAUGAAUAAAA